GGUUGUGAGCGGAUCAAGUGUGUCCCUUCAGACUAAAGCUGGAUCUCUAACUAAAAGCUUUAUCGGGCUGGAUUUUGUGUAAUUAACGCACUAUUUUGUCCAAUAUUUUUGAUUAUUCGUCGCCUUAAGUCGUCUUUUUUCAUCUGCUGAAGAUUCGGGGGGAAAGAUGUCUUCGGACGAAGACAGAGCGAAGGAGAUUCUGAAGGGGUUUAAACUAAACUGGAUGAAUCUUCGAGAUGCUGAGACAGGGAAGGUUCUCUGGCAGGGAACUGAAGACCUCUCCCUUCCUGGAGUAGAACAUGAAGCACGGGUUCCUAAGAAGAUCCUGAAAAGUAAAGCUGUCUCCAGAGAGCUGAAUUUCUCUUCAGUAGAAAAACUGGAAAAAUUCCGACUGGAGCAAAAAGUUUACUUUAAAGGCCAGUGCCUAGAAGAGUGGUUCUUUGAGUUUGGCUUUGUGAUUCCUAAUUCUACAAAUACAUGGCAGUCUUUGAUAGAAGCAGCACCAGAGUCACAGAUGAUGCCUGCAAAUGUCUUAACUGGUAAUGUUGUUAUAGAGACUAAGUUUUUUGAUGAUGACCUUCAUGUCAGCACAUCCCGAGUACGACUCUUCUAUGUCUGAGGCAUGGAAUCCUUUAAUAUUUUUUACUGUCACUCCAGAGAAUGCCCCAAUCACUACAGGUUUUACUUGCCAGAGGAGACACUCAACAUACUGUGUAUUUCUGAGGCACUGUGACAACAGCAUUAAAAGGAACAUUUCAAUGAAACCCAAUUUCGAGACAAGCGAUCACACCUGUUUUAUUGCAGAUAAAGACUUGUACAUAAGAACUAUGAUUCUCAUGACAACCUGGUUGUGUAUAUUUCUGUUAUAUAUUUUUCUCUUCUCCUUUAAAUCCUGCAAUGUACACUGCUUCUUUAUCUGCUGUUUUUAAAUGGGUUUUCUCCCAGUCUGUGAGGUUAAUCAUGGUCUCAUUUUAUUUUUUGUUUUUUAGCUAUAACUGUAAGAUAGGCUGUGUUUAAAAUACAUGAUGUAUUUACGGAUUAAAAUAUUGGUAUUAAU